GGUGCGGGAGCCAUGGCGGCCUCUGAGGCGACGGCGGCGGCGGCGGCGGCGGGGCCCGCAACUCUGGUCUUGGGAGCUGCGGCCGUCCCGGCGGCCGUGAGGGGAGCCGCUGCCGCCUCCGGCCCGUGGGAUCCCCCCGGGCGGCUGAGAGGCAGCCGGCCGCGACCCACGGCGGCGAGGCAGCAGCCUGCGGGUGCGGCGCCGCCGGCCCGGGAGCUCAUCCAGCCGUCGGUGAGUGAGCUGUCCCGGGCCGUGCGGACCAACAUCCUGUGCACGGUGCGCGGCUGCGGCAAGAUCCUGCCCAACAGUCCUGCGCUCAACAUGCACCUGGUCAAGAGCCACCGCCUGCAGGAUGGCAUAGUGAAUCCGACAAUAAGAAAAGAUUUGAAAACUGUACCAAAAUUCUACUGUUGUCCAAUUGAAGGAUGCCCUAGAGGCCCUGACAGACCAUUUUCUCAAUUUUCUCUCGUAAAACAGCACUUUAUGAAAAUGCAUGCUGAAAAGAAGCAUAAAUGUAGUAAGUGCAGCAAUUCGUAUGGCACUGAGUGGGACUUGAAAAGACAUGCAGAGGAUUGUGGUAAGACCUUCCAGUGCACAUGUGGCUGUCCCUAUGCCAGCAGGACUGCAUUACAGUCCCACAUCUACCGAACUGGCCAUGAGAUCCCUGCAGAACACAGGGAUCCACCGAGUAAGAAAAGGAAAAUGGAAAACUGCCUGCACCACCAGAAGUUGUCCAGUAAGACUGUUGAAUCACUGAGCAACCAAGCAACCCCAAGACCAGACGCUCAAGAACUAGAAACUUCAGAAAUAAAGCUAGUGGCUUCGUUUGAAGAUUCUUGCAGCUCUAAUGCCAGAAAGCAGACUCUUCCAACACCUCCAAGGUAUCCUCAGAAGUUGCUUUUACCAAAGCCCAAAGUGGCUUUGGUUAAACUCCCCGUUAUGCAGCUUUCUCCUGUGCCUGUCUUUGUGCCUACAGCCGACUCCUCAACCCAGCCUGUGGUGUUGGGUGUCGAUCAUCAGGGCUCUGCCCCCGGUGCUGUGCACUUACUGCCCUUGUCCAUCGGAACCCUGAUCCUCGGCCUAGAUUCGGAGGCUUGCUCUCUCAAGGAGAGCCUCCCUCUUUCAAAAAUUGUAAAUACUGUUGCUGUUGAGCCAAUUAGCACAGGUGUUCAAGUAAACUUGGGUAAAAGUCCAUCUAACCCUUUACAAGAACUAGGGAACACAUGUCAGAAGAACAGCAUUUCUUCAAUCAACGUACAGACAGAACUGUCUUAUACCACACAAUACUUUAUACCGUCUGCAGAGUGGGCUAGCCCUGAUUCCUCUGUGUCAUCUUGUUCUCAAACUGAUUUGACAUUUGGUUCUCAAGUUUCCCUUCCCAUUAGUGUUCAUACUCAAACUUUUUUGCCCAGUUCUAAGGUAACCUCAUCUAUAGCGGCUCAGACUGAUGUGUUUAUAGAUGCUAGUUUCCAGUCAGGUGGGAUCUCCAGAGAAACUCAGACCAGUGGAAUGCAAAGUCCAACCGAUGAUCGAGUACAGAUGGACCAAGCUGUAAUGUGUGGAGACAUUUUUGAGAGUGUCCAUUCGUCAUAUGGUGUUUCUACAGACAGUAUUAUAAGCAGCAGCUUAGUAGCAGAGACUGUGACUCAUGGUUUGUUACCUCAGAACCACCCUAAAACUUUAAAUCAAGAUAUUGAGAAAUCUGUACCAAUUAUAAACUUCAGUGCACAGAAUAGUAUGCUUUCUUCACAGAAUAUGACAGAUAAUCAGACCCAAACCAUAGAUUUAUUAAGUGAUCUAGAAAACAUCUUGUCAAGUAAUCUGCCUGGUCAGACACUAGACAAUCGUAGUCUUUUGUCUGACACAAAUACUGGACCUGACACCCAGCUCCCAUCUGGCCCAACCCAGAAUCCUGCAAUUGAUUUUGAUAUUGAAGAGUUCCUUUCGGCCUCAAAUAUGCAGACUCAAACUGAAGAGAGUGAGCUUAGCACCAUGACCACGGAGCCAGUCUUGGAAUCUCUGGACAUAGAGACCCAAACUGACUUCUUACUUGCAGAUCCCUGUGCCCAGUCCUACAGUUGUAGGGGAAAUUCUAACUUCUUAGGCCUUGAAAUGUUUGACACGCAAACACAGACGGACUUGAACUUCUUUUUAGACAGUAGCCCUCAUCUGCCUCUGGGAAGUAUUCUGAAACACUCCAGCUUUUCCAUGAGUACUGAUUCAUCUGACACAGAGACCCAAACUGAAGGAAUCAACACUGCUAAAAACCUACCUGCUCUAGAAAGCAAAGUUCAGUUGAACAGUGCAGAAACACAGACCAUGAAUUCUGGCUUUGAAACUUUGGGGAGCUUAUUCUUCACCAGCAAUGAAACUCAAACAGCAAUGGAUGACUUUCUUCUGGCCGAUUUGGCCUGGAACACGAUGGAAUCUCAAUUCAGCUCUGUUGAAACCCAGACAUGUGCAGAACUACACCCAGUCUCCAACUUCUGAAAGUGAAAUCCACAUGGGGGAUGGCAUUUACAGUUGGUUCCCUUCUGGAUUUAGAAGAUGGAGAACUGGGACAACAGUGUUAACUCUAUUGAAUGUACUUGAUGAUACAGUUACUUCAAUUAUCUGAGGUUCUUUUCCUUUUGUACUUGUAAACAUGAAAUUUGUGUAAAAAUGUGUGAGUGUAUUAUAAAGUAUAAGAUGUUGAUCUAACAAUGAUUGUUUUUGUGUUGCCUACAUUUGCCCUUUCAGUGUAGUCUUCCCUUCUUAAAAAAAAAAAAAUGUAUUUCACACCUUUAAAACCCAUCUAACCAUUUAGCUGAAGCCAAGCUCAGCAGGACUAGGGUACAAACUUUUCAAACCUUCAAAACAUUUUAGUCAAAGUAUGAAUUACUUAAAUUGCACCUAAAAUACUUUUUGCCAGUGCUUGUUACGAAAUUCCUGUGUCCCAAUAAUGUCUAAAGAAGUCUGACGCUGCACCAUCAGAUUUAAACACCAACAGCUUCAUCUGCUUUGACAUCUUACUCUUCCGAUUUGAAGACACAAAGGAAACUACACUUGUCUUUAGCUUUUGAGACAAUUUUCAUAUAGCCAAUGCCAUCCCUCCUCUACGUGAACUCUUACUGAUACCAACAUUACGUGUAUAGUACUUUCCUCACAAGACGUGUUGCUGUAAAAUUAUUGCUUAAAGAAGUAGCGGCAAGCACUUAGUGUAAAUAGUGAUCCUUUCAGUCUAAGUCACAGUAAGUCACCCCAACUAUGGAAACGCUGGGCUGUGAAAUCAUGCCUGUUAGCCCAGACUGGAGUGUGUCCUACGAGCAUCUCUCCUACUCUCUACAGAAGGCCAGGACGGUGCUCCAGAGCUGCUCCUCAAAGCUCACCCACCAGCUGAGUCUGAGUUUUGUCUCUCUAAAUGUUUAAAAAAAAAUAACAUAAGGAGAAAAGGACAUUCCCCCCUAAAUUUCAAUACUUUGCAUAAGCUUGAUAGGGCAAGAGUGCAAUCAGCAGCUAUUUUAAAGUGAAUCUUCUUUUCAUCCACCUCUCAUUUUUUCCUUAAAUGAGGAAACACAUUGGUCUAGCAAGGAUAGUAUUUGUGCCUUGAGGAUAGCAAUUAUAGAAUAGAUCCAUCUAAAAUAUGGUGUUCUGCAUUUUGUUGCUUUGUUUAGAGAGGGUAAUACCAAACAGUCUUCAAAGAAAAUGAGGUGAAGACCAAGUGCUUCAAUAAUCAAGAACAUCUGUGUUUUGAGAUGGGUGUGUGGUUAAGUAUGCUUUUGGAGUUUUCUGUAUUUAGGAGAUUCUGAGAUCUUGAUUGUUGGCCAACUUUCAGGCAAGUAAAAAUCAGUGCAGUCUGUAAAUUUUUCUAAGUUUACCCAGAAAAAUGCUCUGUUCUUUCUGUGACACGUGCUUAUGCUGCUGAAGGCUAAAUCCUCAAAACCUAAGGAGGGGACUAAGAAUUCAUUGAAGUAAAUUAGUGGUGUUGCUACUAAUUCCUAUCCUGUAGAAGAAUUAUUGGUAGUUGAUAAAUAACAUAUCUUGAGCAGAUGAACUCAAUCUGAUAGAUAAAAGUUUGCUUUGGUCACAGUUGCCUAUGAAUAUGGGUUUCAAAACAAACAUAAAGCCUUAACUUAGAAUUUCAUUAUGUUUUAGAAUCAUCA